CUGGACCUGUUGCCCCUCACUCGCACUUGACUCGCAACUAGAGAGCUAAGACCUUUCUCAACAUAGCAGCACACAGAGACGAAGCUCCUCAUGCACUACACCGCGGGAACCUCGCAUUUCUUUUUCAAUCAUCUCAACUCAGCUGAGACAUUGAAGUUUACAUGGACACUUCUGUAAGAGCUGCUUUCGCGACACGCCAAACUCUGUCGUUUUCUUCUGGUUACUGUGGAUUACUGACAAACGGCACUUGCUGAACACGACCUUUGGCAUCCAUUUCUGCUGGGACCCCACUGGACGUUCAGUUGCGAGUUGUGAGAGUGUUUCUGCUGCUGAUUGAAGAUGGGAAGUAAAACUUUGCCGGCUCCGAUCCCGCUCCACCCGACCUUACAGCUCGCCAACUACUCCUUCCUACAGGCGGUCAACACCUUUCCCGCCGCAGUCGACCACCUGCAAGGGAUUUACGGCCUCAGCGCUGUGCAGACGAUGCAGAUGAACCACUGGACUCUGGGCUACCCCCACAUGCAGGGACUGCGCUCCACCAUCACUGAGAUGGCAGCGCAGGGCCUCGUGGAUCCUCGGUUCUCCCUCCCUGCUUUACCGUUUGCAGCCCACCUCUUUCACCCGAAACAAGGUGCCAUAGCUAACGUCAUUCCGGCUCUGCACAAAGACAGACCCCGGUUCGACUUCGCUAACCUCGCCAUUGCUGCUACGCAGGAGGACCCCCCAAAGGCCGGCGACCUGUCCAAGCUGGCGGCGGGGCUCGGCGGCGCGAUCUCAGAGCUGAGUAAACUGUCACCGGACAGAAAGCCCCCCAGGGGGAGGCUUCCGUCCAAGACCAAAAAGGAAUUUAUUUGCAAGUUUUGUGGAAGACAUUUUACCAAGUCCUACAACCUUCUAAUCCACGAGCGCACCCACACAGACGAGAGACCCUACACCUGCGACAUCUGCCACAAGGCUUUCAGGAGACAGGACCACCUGCGUGACCACCGAUACAUUCACUCCAAGGAAAAACCUUUCAAAUGUCAGGAGUGUGGAAAGGGGUUUUGUCAGUCACGGACUUUGGCUGUUCAUAAAACUUUGCAUAUGCAGGAGUCUCCUCACAAAUGCCCCACAUGCGGAAGAACCUUUAAUCAAAGAAGUAACCUGAAAACUCACCUUCUCACCCAUACAGACAUCAAGCCCUACUCCUGUGAGCGCUGCGGAAAGGUGUUUCGGCGCAACUGUGACCUGCGACGGCAUAGUUUGACACACACACCCCACCGGGACUACUAGCUGCCUGGACUAGAAAGCUAAAACAAACCAAAUACCUAAAGGACAUAGCGGACUUGUCAGCAGCGGCGUGACUGCGGUCAGAUCUCAUGCUCGGGCAGGUCGCGUGACCUGAAAGCGAGAAAGGAAAAGCUGCACGAGGACAAACAUGGACCUGCGUUUCAGCAGACCUGCAGCCGCCCUCCGGACUUCUGUACAUAACGGUUCUUGUUUUGUUUGUUUGUUUAUUUUUUUUUUCAUUUUUUUAUUACCUCUGUAUCUAAAUUCAGCCGUGUUGUGUUGAAAUGUGGAUGUUUGUAAAAUGCAGUAUAGAAAUAAACACAAGUUAAACGUG